AUGGAUACCAACAACAUUGUUGUAGUCGGAUCAUGCAUGGUAGACUUUGUUAGCUACGCCACCAGACUUCCAAAACCCGGAGAAACCAUUCAUGGAAAAGAAUUCGUCACUAACUUCGGAGGAAAAGGCGCUAAUCAAUGCGUUGCAGCAGCUAAAUUAGGAGGGAAAACUUUUCUUAUAACCAGGGUCGGCGAUGAUAUUUGGGGCCCAAAGUACAUAGCGAAUCUUAAAGCACAGAACGUUAACACAGCAUUUGUUCGAUCAACGGAGAAUUCAUCGACCGGGAUAGCCCAAAUAACGGUGGCCGAUUCGGGAGAGAAUCAAAUCGUAAUCAUCGCAGGAGCGAACAGCAAAUUGUGCACGAAAGAUGUAGAACUAGCCCAAGAAUUGGUGACUAACGCUCGUGUGCUAGUAGUACAGCUAGAAACCUCCCAAGAGGUAGCCAUAAGAGCUAUGCAACUUUGUAGAGGGAUAACUAUUUUAAAUGGUGCACCAGCUGUAUCGGAAUUUUAUCCGCAACUUUUGAAACUACCUACUAUAUUUUGCGUCAACGAGUCUGAAGCUUCGAUAUUUACAGGGUUACCUGUUAAUGAUAUAAGUGAAGCUGAAGUAGCUGCAGAACACUUACUAUCCAAAGGCUGCAACAGUGUCCUAUUGACGCUAGGCGAAAAAGGAGCAUUUUACAUGGAUAAAAACGAAAAAUUCCACGUUACCAGUCCAUCGGUAGCGUGCAAAGACAGCACAGGGGCCGGCGAUGCCUUCAUAGGAGCCCUAGCUUAUCUACUGGCUAACAAGCCAGGUGUUCCCAUGCAACAAGCCGUAGAAAAAGCCUGCGUAGCCGCCGCCGAUAGCGUCACCCGUCCCGGAACACAAAUUAGCUUCCCCGAUAAGAGUAUAUUUCAGGAUCUCUAA